UUACUGGAUUACAGAACAAAGAAAGGGGAAAGGGACACCCUGCUCUGAUAGGGGAAAAAACAGAAAUAAACUCAGAAAAGAAUACACAAAUCAUAGAUAUUACGAAGCACGAUCGAAGUCAACGUUGUUCUGAUCCGGAUUACGAUGUUUUAGCAGACGGCGCGGCUACGUUGUGGAUGGGAAUUGUGAGCGUUUCUGAUGGAUUAAAACGGGGAAUAAACCUAUUCCGGGAUUGACAGCAGCAACAAGGCUAUUUAAUCGCUAAUUAAGGUUUUUCUGCUGGGUCCACUUUUUCUAAAGCACGUUUCUUUCCACUCCUGCACUGUGAAAUCCAGCAUUUUCUCAUACAGAAGCCCUGCGGGGGAUCUGAUAGACAAAAAGCUUCACUGCCGAGCAGAGGCAUGGCUCAGAUAAGGAAGCUGACAUGUGAUGGCAUCAGGACGAACUCCCGCGGUGAGCCGCAUGUCCCGCUGCUGUCAGCCAGACAGGAAAUCCUCACCAGCCUGGUGUCUGCCCUGGACUCAGUGUGCAUGGCGAUGUCGAAGCUAAAUGCAGAGGUGGCGUGUGUCACCGUGCACGAGGACAGCGUGAUCGCCGUUGGAACGGAGAGAGGCAGAGUAUUCCUCAACUCCAGGAGGGAAGUCCAAACAGACUUCUACAAGUUUUGCCGGGUGCCAUGUCUGCAGAAUCUGACCACUGCAAAUGCCCAUACCAAAGACCAGGAUGGCGAUGUCAGCAAAGUGAGUAAGGAUGGAGAGCAGGGGAAACAGAGAGCUCCAUCAGAUGCCCAAACCAACAUCUUUGUUCUGAGGAAGAUGGUGGAAGAAGUCUUCACUGUUCUUUACAGUGAGGCUGUGGGGAAGAACAGCCUGGUCCCUGUGCCUUAUGAGUGGAUCCAGAGAGACCCGGGUUGUGUUGUGGCCCACGGCCUACCUGAGGGAGUCGCCUUGAAGAAGCCCUCGGAGUACGACACCAAAACACUGAUGAAGAUCCUGGAGCAGAGCCACCGCAUCCACUUCACGGUAAAAAGACCAGCAGAAGAUUUGUCUCGAGAGGCUAAGUCCAGCAGUGAUGUCAGUCACAACUCUUCCACCGCCAUCAUGAUGCAUAGCAGCCACGGUCCAGUGAAGACGACCCCCCAGGCUGUCUCCUCCUCCAGUCCCGCCACCUCCAGCAACUCCGUUCUGUCAAACUUCCUGUACGGCAUGCCCAUGUCCUCCAAACCACACCCGGACAGCAAGCUGGACUUCAAACCGAUGUCCCUCCUCAACCUGGGCAAAGACAGACUGUCCAGCUGGACAGCGGGGACGGAGAAGGGCUCCUGUGGAAAGGACAAUGCCAACAGCGAUGAGCCAACAAGACUACAAGGUGAGCAGGGUCAGAGCCCUCCUGGUGUCCACAUCUCUAAGAGGCUUCUCUUCUCCAUCGUGCAUGAAAAAUCAGAAAAAUGGGACUCGUUCCUUCGGGAAACGGAGGACAUCAACACGCUAAGAGAGUGCGUUCAGAUCUUGUUCAACAGCAGAUACGCCGAGGCGCUGGGUUUAGAUCACAUGGUGCCUGUUCCCUACCGGAAAAUCGCCUGCGAUCCAGGAGCAGUGGAGAUCAUCGGCAUUCCUGAUCAGAUUCCCUUCAAGAGGCCGUGCACGUACGGAGUUCCCAAGCUCAAACGCAUCCUGGACGAGCGCCAUGGAAUCCGAUUCAUCGUCAGACGAAUGUUUGAUGAAAGGAUUUUCACUGCUGCUGGCAAGAUUGCAAGGGAGGAAGGCAAGCAUGACCUGGGCUGCACGCCUGAAGACAGCUUCUCCGACAAUCCCAACAUCCUGCCCACCGCAGCAGAGCUGGUCAGCAAUCCUCACAGCAGCAGAUCAACAAGUGCUUGUGUGAGUCCUCUUGCUGAGUUUGAAGCAGGUCCUUCAGGAGACUGCAUUCCUCUGAGGAGGAUUAAAACAGAACCUCCAGACGGGGAAAUUAUUCAAGUUACAGUCCCUGAUGCCGGGACGAAUGUGGAGGAGUCCAGCGAGUCUGUGGUGGAGUAUGUUGUAAGUGCUGUGUGUCCAUCCACAGCCUCGCCCUCUGCUCCCCCUGCUCCCACGGUCCCCCAUCAUCCUUUGGAAAACCCCUCAGCUGAAGCUUUGUCUCCCAGUACGGCCUCCCAGAGCAUCAGAAGACCCUCUGAAGCUGGGAGUCUGGUGGAGGACAUCGGUGAAAUGAUCCUUCAGCUUCGGAGACAAGUGGAGAGCCUCUUCAGUAUUAAGUAUGCUGAAGCUCUGGGCCUUCCUGAACCAGUGAAGGUGCCGUACUCCAAGUUCCAGAUGUACCCAGAGGAUCUGUACGUCAUCGGGCUGCCUGAAGGAAUCUCCCUGCGAAGGCCAAACUGUUUUGGAGCAGCCAAACUUCGCAAGAUCAUCGCUGUUAGCAGCCAGAUCAAGUUUGUCAUUAAAAGGCCUGAGCUCUUAACUGAUCAAGUAAAACAAGAGAUGCCUUCCAUCCCCAUCUGUGAUGCAGAGCUGGACACCAAGGACAUAACACUACUAACAGAGGACACUGCAGCUAUUUCCAAGAGACCAGGAUUCUCAGAGUGCAUGGAGUCUAAACUGUCCAGGAUCGACCUGGCCAACACGCUGCGAGAGCAGGUCCAGGAUCUGUUCAACAGGAAGUAUGGGGAGGCAUUGGGCAUCAAGUACCCCGUCCAAGUGCCUUAUAAGAGGAUCAAGAACAACCCGGACUCAGUCAUCAUCGAGGGCCUGCCCCCCGGCAUCCCCUUCAGGAAACCCUGUACCUUCGGCUCCCAGAACCUGGAGAGGAUCCUGGCGGUUGCUGACAAAAUCAACUUCACCAUCACCAGACCAUUUCAAGGACUUAUUCCAAAACCAGCACCUCGACGAGUCACUUUACUGAAGAAGGCGUACUCUUCCAUAAGUGAUGAUGACGACAUUAACCGCAUGGGGGAGAAAGUGGUCCUUCGAGAGCAAGUCAAGGAGCUGUUCAACAAGAAAUACGGUGAGGCUCUGGGCUUGGACCGCUCCAUCGUGGUCCCGUACAAACUCAUCCGCGGCAGUCCAGAGUCCGUAGAAGUCAGUGGCCUUCCCGAUGAGAUCCCAUUCCGAAACCCCAACACCUACGACAUUGUGUGCCUGGAGAAGAUCCUUCAAGCCGCAGAUAAAUUAGUAUUCAACAUCAAGAGCCAGCUGCAGCCUUUUGCAGAAAUCUGCAGCCAGGCUGUAAACACAGUAGGAGCAGAUGCCUCCAUUAACCGACGGAAACGUAAGAGAGUCCAGGAGAGCAGCCGGGUACCUGUCUCCUCUGAGCUAGGGAUAUCGACCAAUCAGAUUCCAGUGAUGCAGUGGCCCAUGUACAUGGUGGACUACAGCGGUGUGAAUGUGCAGGUUCCUGGAAAAGUCAAUUACUGAAGGACGAAGCUGGGCUGCAGCAGCUUGGGGUUGUCGAUAUUUGUGACGCUUCCAUAAAAGACACUAAGAGUUUAUUGGAAAGCUGGGACUAAAGAUCCCCAGAGCGAGGAUGAGGAGCUGCAGGUUUGACUCUGAAUGACGUCCUGAGUGAUGAAGAACAGCAGAAUGUACGUGGAUCAUAAUGUUGCAGGACAAAGCUUGGCUUGUUUUCUGCCUCCUGUCUCCACAGGGAGCCUACCCAUUUAUUUUGUUUGUUUUUUCCUUAUUAUAAUGUUUUGUUUUGUUUUUUAACCAAGCUGAAAACAUCACUACAGUCCUGCUUUUUGCCGUUGCAUUUACAGCGUCCAUCCAUCGAAUUGAUGGAUUCAGCAUUUGGCUGCAGCAUAUUACUGAGAAAAAAUGUCUUUGAUAAUGAUCUGGUUCCAUGAUAUUCAGAUAUUUGUACCUUUUAUUUAUUAUAUUUAUUGAAAUAUAACAUUAUGUGCAGGGAUGUAAAAUAUAAUAUUCUGUUAUACAGCUUUUUGAGGAACUAUCACUACACUAACAGAUGCUACUAGUCAUGAGUAACUACAGGUAACCGCUGAAAUCCAGUUUAACAGCAGCUAUUAAGUGUCUUAACUGGGUGACUGCAAGAAAUCAGAACAUGAAGGAGACCAAGUUUCAAACUGAGCAGUAGGAACUACCUGCCGUAAAAUCUUUGAGUUAACAGCUUUUUUAUGUUAACGUCACAUUAAAAACAUGUAAAAUAUGUCAUUUUAAAGUCAGCCUGAAUGUAUCAUGUAAAGAAAAGAAUGGUAUGUUAUUCUGCGAUGACCGUCUCUGGACUAACAAUAUUUAAUAUGCUGUACCUUAACGCCAAUUAGGCCUUUGAAAUAAAAUGUGUUGCCUUGCA